UCUCUCUCUCUCUCUCUCUCUCUCUCUUUCACUCUGUUUCUUGCGCAUCUGCACAAAUAUGUUGCGCGCACUCCCUAGGAUAAUUAUAAGAAUCUUGUGUGUAUUGUCAAUUUCGGCAAGGACGAUAUUUGAAGAUGCCAAUUUGUGUAAAAUAUUGUGGCAGGAGGUGUUAGUACUGUUGGUUUGUCUGUGUUUUGUGGGAAUUUUUGGGUUUUGGUUGUGAUUGUUGGAGACUUGUAUGGAGUCUGAUCUUGAUUAUUUUGUUGGUGUGAUUGGUUUUUGAGGAAAUAUUGAAGUAGGUGAGGAGGGAUGAAUUCCAAGAGUUUGGGAGUAGGAAGAGAGGAUGGACAGGCGCAGCCGCCACCGCCGCCGACGCUGCUGUCGCGGCAGGGUUCGAUUUACUCGCUGACGUUCGACGAGUUCCAGAGCACGCGCGGGGGGCUUGGCAAGGACUUCGGGUCGAUGAACAUGGACGAGUUCCUUAAGAACAUAUGGACCGCGGAGGAGAGCUACGCCAUGGUCGCCGCCCUCGGCGACGGCAGCGGUGGCUUUGGUGCCGGGGCCGGCCUCCAGCGGCAGGCCUCGCUCACCUUGCCCAGAACCCUUAGCCAGAAGACUGUCGACCAGGUCUGGCGGGGCCUCGUCGAACCCUCCUCCUCCGGCCAAGGACUGGCCGCCAGCUGCGGCGGCACGGACUUCCCGCGGCAACCCACCCUCGGGGAGAUUACCCUUGAGGAGUUCUUGGUGCGGGCCGGAGUGGUGCGGGAGGAUAUGGCUCCGUCGCCGAGACCACCGACGCCGAUUGGCAAUAAAAGUAACAACACCAAUAUCUACUAUGGAGAUUUGCCGGCCGUGAACACUUCGGCUGGGCUGGAACUCAAGUUCAAUCAGGCACCGGGUCGAAGCAAUGGAAAUAUGGCAAACGUUCCAAUUGCUCACUGUUCAGCUGCUAAUUUGGGGGUGACAUCCACUGUUGCGAGACCUUUUGCGCCUCCAGUUCCCCUGGGAGAUAGCAUGGGCUUGGUGAGCCCGCAGGGCAUGAGAGGCGGAGAACUUGGCGGCUUUGGCCACGUCGGGAUGAACAACAGAUUGAUGACGGGGAUGGUUGGUCUGAGCACAGCUGGAGUCAUGGGAGCGUCAGGGUCGCCAAAAAACCAUCUGUCUUCAGAUGAAAUUGUUAAAGGCAACGGGGAUCUAUCUUCUUUAUCACCUGUUCCAUAUGUGUUUAAUGGUGGGCCGAGGGAAAGGAAGCGUAAUAGGAGUCUGGAUAAAGUUGUGGAAAGGAGGCAGAGGAGGAUGAUCAAGAACAGGGAGUCAGCUGCUAGAUCACGUGCCCGGAAGCAGGCUUAUACUGUGGAGUUGGAAGCUGAAGUGGCAAAACUCAAAGAGCUAAACCAAGAAUUGCAGAAAAAACAGGUGGAAAUGAUGGAGAUGAAGAAGAAUCAGCUAUGGAAAAUGAAUGUACUUACGAAGGUUAAAGUCGGAACUAUCAGGUCCUCCAGGUGAUCAAGCGGCAGCAUGGACAAAAGAAACAACGGUUGAGGAGGACACGAACAGGUCCAUGGUAAAGCGGGACUUGAUGACAAUAGGUGAAUCAAACUAUAAAAACCCAUGGUGUGAAACUAUUUGAGAUCGACUAAAUGGAUUUUUUUUAUCAUUGAACUAUGUGUAUGUGUAAAAUGAUAGUUGUUGAACCAGAAUAUCUUAUAUUUUAGCUCAUAGAACAGUUGUGUAUAUAGCAGGAAAUUGCACCUCUUGCUGUAGAAUCCAGAUCUUGUAUAAUUAAUUUCUCAUCCAUCUUA